AUGGUCAAGAAGAGGGCGAACAACGGUCGCAACAAGAACGGCCGCGGCCACGUCAAGCCCGUGCGCUGCUCCAACUGCGCUCGUUGCACUCCUAAGGACAAGGCGAUCAAGAGAUUCACCAUCCGCAACAUGGUUGAGUCCGCUGCCAUCCGUGAUAUCUCUGACGCCUCCGUUUUCACCGACUAUGCCGUCCCCAAGAUGUACCUGAAGCUUCAGUACUGCGUCUCCUGCGCUAUCCACGGCAAGAUCGUUCGUGUCCGCUCCCGGGAAGGUCGUCGUAACCGUGCUCCUCCCCCGCGUAUCAGGUACAACAAGGACGGCAAGAAGCUGGCUCCCCCUCAGGCCGCCAAGGCUAUGUAAGGAAGGGAAAAAGAGAUGAUCAAAUGGGAUUGGUCUUAAUGACUUCUGUUUUGUGACGUUUCUUUUUUCGUACAAACUUUCUUACUCGGUUCAAAAUGGAAUGAAUGGGUUUCAGUCUGUCUUCGGGGUUCGAAAUAAGGCAUGACAAGGCAUAAUGGUCGCUCCCUGUCGCCGUGAGCAGGAGACGCAAUUUAAAUUAAAAAACGAUUUCCAAGCCACUCGGUUGUCCCAUAGGGUAACUUUGCAUGAACUAGAGAAAGUCAGGGAACGAGAAUAAAAUGCGAGGAGACCGGUCUCUUCUACUUUAACAGUUCAUCUCUUCCGCCACAAGCGCGAUAAUUGACUAUGGUAUACCGCCAGAAGACCAACACUGCCGUUUGACCCAUUCACAACCGCACUAGGCUACUACAGUAGAAGCUUUGUUGCAUCUUAAACGAC